GUUGGGGGCGGGAGGCUGGCCUGGGCAGCAUGACCUUGACAGGCUGCCCUGUGUCAUCAUGACUUUCCUCUCAGAGAUGGUCUUGGACCGAGUAACCCACUUCAGGUUCCUGUAGUGGGGAGGGAAAACAAACCCAAGCUCUUCAGUGGUCCACGCUCUUGCAUCUCUUACUUAGGUUCUAGCCUGGGUUGGAGAAGGCCACAAAGUCACUCUCAUCCGAUGUAGGGCCCUCUCUAAGGAGUUCCAGUCGUCGGUGGGACCGCCCUUGCCGGUCUGCACAGUGAAGAGAAAACAAGCCCUUCCAGGCAGACUUCCUAGGCUUGCUGGAAUCAGCCAUUCAGAUUAAGACCACACAUAUACCCUGCUUUAAGCAGUCCUUUUUUCGAAGAUUUUGUCAGUGGAUGGAUUUAUUAGAUCCUGCAAAUGUGUUUGUUUCAAUUGGAAGCAUAGAAAAAUCACGACAGUUGCUGUUUACCACUGAAGAUGCACCCAAACACUACCUGGAUAACCAAGGGAUUAAAGACGCAUGGAAUAAGAGUCUUUCAACUGUGCACCCUGACAGCAGCAAGUUGAUCCCCCAUCUUUUUCGACCUGCAGCUUUCCUGCCUGUGACGGCACCCAUGGUACUUCGGUUGAUGAUGCCAGACACUGGAAUAAAGUCCAUUAUUUUAACUCAGGGUUGCUUGUAUGGAUACACCACAGCCUUUAACAUCACCAAUGGAAAUGCCAGUUAUAGUCAUGGACCAGUAGAGAGAACAUUGUUGGGAGCAGGGGUGUUUGUGUCUUCAACUUUUUUUGGAUUAAUUCCUCAUCUCUUUCAAAUGAAGUAUCCCCUGAAUAACUUUUGGCUUAAAAGAACCUUGCCAAUCGUCUUUCUUGCCCAAGUCAGUGGAAUGAAUGUUCUUGCAUCCCGCAGUUUUGAAAACCAUCGAGGAAUUGAGGUGAUGGAUAAGGAAGGCCAUGUCAUAGGCUAUUCCAGAAAAGCUGGAAGAAAGGCUAUUAAAGAAACAGCGAAAUCCAGAGCAUUGCUGUUUGGGACCUCAGCCUUGGCCCCUGAACUCUUUAUCUACUUCUUUAAAAGGAUGAGGUUUUACCCACAAACUCUGCUGUCAUUAGUGAUCUUGAGAAUGAAUUCUACAUUCUUUAUGAUGGGACUGAUGGUGCCAGUGUCAUUCAGCAUGUUUCCACAAAUUGGACAGAUCCAGUGCAGUCAGCUUGAAGAGAAGAUCCAAUCUUCUACAGAAGAAAAGGAACUCUACUAUUACAGAGGGGUGUAGGAGCAAGUUUAUCUCCUGCUUGGAAAUCUUUGGCCCCUCAAGAUUCAGAGAUCACUGCCAUGGUCCUUAGGGCCCAGCUACACUUGUGCAGCAAGCUGGCUUCCAUGCCUAUAGUACCUGGGGCUCUGAGUCUGUCGGAAAGAAGAGCAGCACACAGGGGACUGCUGAGAAAACCAUGGAUAAAGUCAGCCCAGGGAAGGAUAAUGUGAAUCUGUGAAUAAAUGUGUCUGAAGUUGAGUACUUGGGAAAAAAAAUCGUCAAAAGGUAUACCUUAUCUGGGGUACAAACACUGCAUUGAUAGCCUCCAGACAGUUUCAAAGCUCUGAUGAGCUCAUUAAGGCUUCUAGUCCCUAAGUUAUCCUAUUUUCCUACUUAUUUCAUCUGAUCCCAUACUCCAAGCAUUCUGUCUGCUUCCCUGGUUUCUGUUUGAAAGGACCCUGCCUGAUAAUUCUAUUUCUAGAACAACGAAGGCCCCUAGCCAGCAACAGCUUCCUGCUCAAUACCAGUCCAGGUAUAUAUAUAGUCAACUCUCUUAGGAAUCCCCAUCUCCCUUCCCCUGCCUUGAUCUGUAGUCACUGGGGCAUCUCUGACUUAUUUCCCUCUGUAGGCUACUCCCAGGAGCACUGAAACUGCCUUAUAAAAAACAAAACAAAAUAAACAAAAAAACCAAACCAUA